AUGGGGACGACACUGCUCAUCGGCCUGGGAACUCUUCUGCUCACACUUGGCUUGUACCCCAAUGCCUGCAACACUCAAAAAGUCCUAAAUCGUCCGGAUCCCAAAGACGGACGCUGCUCCUACACCUUCAUCGUGCCUCAGCAGAAGUUGUCCGGAGCUCUCUGCGUGAACACGGCUUCUGCAAACCAGUCCGAGCUGCAGACGCUGAGGGCAGAGCUGAAGAAGCAGCAGGAGCAGAUGGACAGGCUGAGGGCUCGGCUGGAACAAGAGGGGGCAGCGGUGAUGGAGGUCCGGACCCUUCGCAAAGAGAGCAACAGCAUGAACUCACGCAUCACACAGCUCUACGCACAACUGCUCAGCGAAGUCAUCACCAAGAAAGACCAAAUUCUGGAGCAAAAGAGAGUGGAGAGCUUGCUGUUGAAUGCCACAGCCCAGGCAUUGCAGGUGUCUAACAAUUACCGGGAGCUUGAAAAGAAAUACGGCGCCCUCACGUCCAUGAUGAGCGCCCAGAACCAAUUCAUCUCACGCCUGGAGAAGCAGUGCCAAUGCAAAAACUCACCACACUCGGCUGCGGUCACGCUUGAACCGCCCAACGCUCCUAAGCCCAGUGUGUAUCAUAAUUACAGUUCAGCUGCAAACGACGUUCAAAGGGACCAAAGUCUUCCUGCAGCACAACAGCAGGAAAACAGCGUCUCUGUGGGACCCCUCCCCACCAGCACGGCCGACGCACCCACUGAGCCACCCUUCAUUAGCUUCCCUGUCACAAAGACGCCAGGGCCGUGGCGUGACUGUCAGCACGUCCUGUCCUCAGGGGAGGGCAUCAGUGGGAUUUACCUGUUGCGUCCUCAGGGCACAAACACAUUAUUCCAGGCCUGGUGUGAGCAGAGCCAUGCUCAGGGAGGCUGGACCGUCAUACAGAGGAGGCAAGAUGGAUCCGUCAACUUCUUUAGGACGUGGGAGCAAUAUAAGCAAGGCUUUGGAAACCUGGACGGAGAGUACUGGCUCGGUCUGGAGCACCUCUACUGGCUGACCAAACAGGGGCAGUACAAGCUGCGGUUGACCCUGGAGGACUGGCAGGGCCGGCAGGUGUUCGCGGAGUACGACAGCUUUCACCUGGAGCCGGAGACGGACUGGUACCGGCUGCGUCUGGGCCACUACCAGGGCACGGCGGGGGACUCGCUCUCCUGGCACAACAACAAGGCCUUCACCACACUGGACCGCGACAAGGACAGCUACUCAGGUAACUGUGCUCACUUCCAGAAGGGGGGCUGGUGGUACCACAUGUGUGCCCACUCUAAUCUGAACGGUGUAUGGUAUCGCGGAGGACACUAUCGCAGCCGUUACCAGGACGGCGUCUACUGGGCCGAGUUCCACGGGGGCUCCUACUCACUGAAGCGUGUGUCUAUGAUGGUCAAGCCCAUAUAA